AUGUUCAGCUUUAACUUGUGCUUCUACCUGUGGCUUCUGCUUCAUCUGCACACGUCCCUAGCCGAUGUCAGCAUUCAAACACCCGAACAGGGCUCCUCAUACAGUCCGGGAUCCGACGGUACCAUCUCCAUCGACUUGGAAUGGGUAGACGAUACUGCUUCUCCCACUUUGGAUCAAAUCACAUACUACACCUUUACGCUCUGCACGGGACCUAACGAUGAAAUCGUCAACGUCAAGACUUUGGCUUCUCAAAUCACAGCGAGUCAACUAACCAUCGACUCAUCAGGUGACGACAAGAAGUACGGUUACACUUUGAGUAUCCCCAAGGCUGUCACGGGGAAUGGACAAUACUACAUCCAAGUUUUUGCUUGGUUGGAUAAUGAAGGGUCCACCAUCCAUUACACUCCAAGAUUCACCUUGCAGAAGAUGACGGGUGCCACUUCGUACACGUACACUGAUGCUACUCAACCUGCACCACAGACCUCGAUCCAUUACAACGAUAAUGCCAAUAAUAAUGGAGGUGACAAUGGGGGGACCAUCGACACUAGAUCAUUCACGGUUCCAUACACGAAGCAAAGUGGUAUCUCUAGGUUUGCACCCAUGCAAAUGCAACCGGGGACUAAGAUCACUAGGACUACAUGGACUAGUAAGUUCCCCACGAGUGCGGUUACGUAUUACUCCACUAUGAGAAAGUCAUUGAACCAAAUCACUACGUUGACCCCUGGUUGGUCCUAUACGAUCACAUCAGGAGUUAAUUAUGCAUCUGUCGCCGCCAUGCCAUCUGAGAAUGGUGGGUGGUACAACCCAUCUAAAAGAUUGACCCUCUCUGUGAGAAAGGUCAACAAUUAA